CGAUAACAAACACGGCUCCUGCUCAAAUGUUUGCCCAUCCACCCGACCAAACCAGACAGUCACCCUGAGUUGCACUAUAAAUUCGCAAUAGCCUUGCAAGGGAGUAAGACUGCAAAUCCAGGCCAAUCGCUCCCGUGUCUCCCCUGUCUGUGCGUAUAUGGAUGUGUGUAGAUGUGAGUGUGUUCUCUCGCGUGCAUGCAGUUGCUCCCGUCUUGGUUCGUUGAGGUCGUCCCUGUUUUGAGGUCUUGAGACGAGAGGACUGGAUGCACGACUUGUUCCGCGCCUCUUUCCAAGUUGUUUGCCCUCGAUCGUCUGUCUGUGGGUGAAUGAACUUCUGUCUGAGAAAUCUACUCUCUCAAGUUCUAAAUCGUCCCAGAGAGAAAGACAGAAAGGGUUGUUGUACAUUCCAAUUGUCGAUGAUCAUCUGCAUUUGGCCACGUUGCAUCCAUGUGAACGAAUAUCAGCGACCUCUUGGGAAAGUGUGGUGUGAAAUUUUUUGACUCGAGGUUUUGAUCACUCAGGAUGCAGCAUGUUGUGUCCAAGUCUCCGAGGAUUCUGUUGAUGUGGCUGUUUUUGAACGGAAAAGUUUGGAUUUCAGCCUCAGAGACCAGUGAUUCUGGUGAUUCCAAAGGACAGACUGUCUGUUUAUUCAGAAAUUCAAGAGGACCAGAAGCUCAAUUUCACGUUGAGGGAUUGACCUUCGUUUCCGGAUGUCAGUUUUGUUAUGCCACGUGGCGAGUCCAUCCAAGCCACGGGUUUCACAUCUUGGAACAAGGAUGUUCUAGGAACAUUUCUGCUCAGGAAUGCAACUCUUCCCAAUGUAUUGUGCCUCAAGGAGAGCAUUAUGAUGAUUUCUUUUAUUGCUGUUCACAACACAAAUGCAACCAAAUAUUGGUCCAAGUCGGGCCUCUUAAAGAAGAGUUUACGUUUCAUCCCGGACACCUUCUCCUUGGUUUGGUGAUAGCAUUAUCGAUUUGUGUGCCAUUGAUGGUCUUAACCUCUAAGCUAAGGGCAACUCGCCCAUAUGCGAAGUUUGAUUUGGAGGGCUCCAAACCAGCAUCCACUGACAUAUCGGAGCCCCUUUUCGUUGUCGAAAAAGUGACUUUGGAACGCAACCCUGGAAAGUACAUAGAGAUCGCCGAGGUCAUUCAUAACGGUGCCUUCUCGAACAUUCACAGAGGCUUUAUACGCACAAAUAAUAGCAAUAAGGAGCUAAAUGUGGCUAUCAAGGUAUUUCCACCCAAGUUGAAAGAGCUUUACGAUAACAUCAAAGCAAUCCUAGAAAUGGGUCACCUCCAAAAACACUCACAGAUUUUGAACUGUUUCGCCGGAUACCCUGGACUAAAACAGGAACAUUUUAUCGUCUUGGAGUAUUGCCCAUUUGGUACGUUAGACACAUAUUUAAGGGGUCGCACUCUCACAUGGAAGGAAUUGUGCCAGAUUUUGGCCCAAAUCACUCAAGGAUUAGCAGCACUCCAUGGCGAGUAUUGUCAAACGCCCUCCGUCGCAAUUUGUCAUAGAGAUCUCAAUUCGAGAAACAUAUUGGUUACGUAUGGUUUGCGCUGUUGCAUCACAGGUUUAGAAUUAGCCAUAAUCUUCAAUCGUGGUAAGCCGAAACCUAGUCCAACGAGUGGUGACGGCAGCAGGCAUGGCGUCAUUCGUUAUUUGGCUCCUGAACUCUUGGACGGAGCUCUCAAUUUGAGGAAUUUCCAGACCUCGCUCAAGCAAGUAGACGUUUAUGCUCUGGGACUUCUUUUUUGGGAAGUAGCCAACCGUUGCCGGGACAUAUACCAGGAGAUCCCAGUCCCUCUAUUUCAAUUGGCCUUUGAAGCAGAGUUGGAAUCGAAAACACCGUCUGUGAAACAAAUGCAGAUACUGGUGUUGCACAACAAGGCCCGACCAGUUUUUUCUGGGUCUUGGGAGAGUGUUAAUCCUGGAAUCCAGCUCCUCAAAGAAACGAUGGCCUACUGUUGGGAUGGAGAUGCCGAGGCUCGAUUGACCACCUUAGGAGUGAUUGAGCGGGUUCGAGAAAUGGACUCCCUGUGGAUCCAGCAUGUCCAGAUAUCGGGUCUGGAAGUCAGAAGUGACCAAGCAUGGACGAAAGGUGUGGAGCAGAAGCAGUUUGAGAUUGCAUCGGUGGAAUCGCCUCAACUUGCCUUGCUUAUGGAUCGAUUAGUCUCGGACAUCUAACCAAAAUGGGUGGCAAUCGACAUUCGACAUCAUUAGCAGGGAGAGGACCAAAUGCAAAGUCGAAGGCAAACCAUAAUCGAAGAAGUUAUCCAAAUUUUCCUUAACACCAAUGGAAAACAAUUGAUAUGGUUCUUUUUAUAUCUGCAAUAUCACUUAUCAGAUUUUAGAUCGGGAAAACCAACAAUACCCGAUUAUAUGCCUGUGCAAAAAAAAAUCAAACUCCAUUCAUUAAAAAUUCUUUUGAUUUAUAUACUCGCAACGAAUGGAGAGAUCAUCAUAAAUAUUCAAGCCCAAAUAUUUAAGACCAAAUGUCAUAUACCUGACCUUUUGCUGGAGAGAUAAGUUUUCAAUGAAUUAAAACAUAUUGGAAGACA